AUGGGUGCAAAGACGAUGAGAGACGAGAUGUAUGGGUACUCUGCGGCGGAGAGUUUUGGGAGCAGGAAGAAUUUGAAUUUGAAGGAAUACCAAUGGCGGCGGGUAUCGCAAGGAGGCGGCGGGGGGCAUGCGAAAAGGGCGCGGUGGUUGAGUAUGAAGUAUUUCAGUUCAGAAUCGUUUGUUCUGCUUGUGUGUCUGACGGCGUCGGUGCUGCUUCUGCCGUUGAUCUUGCCGCCGUUGCCGCCGCCGCCGUUCAUGCUGCUGCUGCUCCCUAUUUGCAUUCUGGUAGUUCUUGUCAUUUUAGCUUUCUCCCCUUCUGCUGCUUCUAGUGGGCAGAGCAUGAGUCAUCCCUCCUAUUUGUAG